AGUGCGGCUCCUCCGAGUGGGCGGGGUUUCCGCUUCCGGCAGCGGCGGUCCGCGACUCGGCGCGGCGGGCGAUGGGCUGUUAAAGCGGCUGCAGUGGCGGUACUUUCACUUACGGCCAGCCUCAAGGGCGGCAGCGAUAGAUGAGAGAGAGAAAACAGCCCUUCUUAAUUCUUGAUCAGCUGGCUAUAACACAACAUCUCAUCACCAUGGCAGAAAUGUCUCCAGAGGAAAUUCAGAUGAGGGCCAACCAGGUCACUGAUGAGUCUUUGGAAAGCACGAGGAGGAUUCUUGGCUUGGCUGUUGAGUCCCAGGAUGUAGGAGUCAAGACUAUCACCAUGCUGGAUGAACAAGGAGAAAAACUAGAUCGUAUAGAAGAAGGCAUGGACCAGAUAAAUAAGGACAUGAGAGAAGCUGAGAAGACUUUGACAGAACUCAAUAAGUGUUGUGGUCUUUGCAUCUGUCCUUGUAAAAGGACAAAGAACUUUGAAUCUAGCAAGGCAUACAAAACAACCUGGGGUGAAAGUUCAGAGAUUACAACAGAUAACGUGGUAGCCAAGCAACCAAGACGUGUAAAUCAGAACCAACAACAGACGGCUGGAGGAGCAGGCGGGGGAUAUGUUACACGGAUAACAAAUGAUGCCAGAGAGGAUGAGAUGGAAGAAAAUCUGACUCAGGUGGGAACUAUCCUAGGGAAUCUAAAACACAUGGCUUUGGAUAUGGGCAAUGAGAUUGAUUCACAGAACAAACAGAUAGACCGGAUAAAUGAGAAGGCGGAUACCAACAAAGAUCGCAUUGAGCAUGCCAAUGUCAGAGCCAAGAAACUCAUUGAUAGCUAAAGCCUGCUGCCAUUGUCCAAUAUCUUUCUCCAGCUGCAAGCCACCAUUUUCAUGGAUCUGUGAAACUUCCUGUAUCUCAGAAUAAAAAGGGCUGUGAAGAGUGAAAAGGAAGCUGCUUCAUUAGGGUUUCCCUUUUCUUGGCCUUGUAUUCAGACUUGGCUUUGACUUCUCCAGCAAAGUUGCCAACCUAAUUCACUCUUCAUAGAAAAGAAUUGAUCCUGUUUUAAUCUCAUUUUAAUUCAGCCUGUGCAGGGCUUGCUUUCACAGCUUUCGGUUUUUGGUUUGGUUCCCCCCCACCUUUUUUACUCUUAAUAUAUUCCUCAUCCCUUCCACUGCACAAACUGUUCUGUUCCAUUUGGGGAAAAUGGUGGUGUAACAUGAGUUAACACUUGUGGAAAGGUUGGACAGGGCACUUCAUAUGCUUUACGUUCCUUUGAAUUACCUCAGAGUUGUCUACCCUCACUAAAAUAAGGGCUUGAUUCUUAUGUCUGGUAUUUCUUAAUUUAGCAGGCUAAUCCAUAGUUUUGCAGGUGGUUGGUUUAACUUCCAAGCAAUUUAUGAAAGGUUUUGGGGGGCUAAGUUUGAACUAUCAGAUUUAACAAGUUAUAGUCCAAUGGCUACUACAUUUAGGUUGAGGGCUUUAAUACAUAUUUGUUUAAACACAAAUUGUAAUGUUAAAUUAAAUUUGAGGGGUACACAGGCUUUAAUCCAUCACUUUACAUUAAGGAAAAAAGAAAUGGCAUGGUUAGCAACUUCUGCUGCAUUUUUUUUCCCUAGCAAUUAUAUCACAACUUUUUUAAGUAGCCAUAAAGCUUUGGACAACUUCAAAAUGAAUAGAACUAUCUGAGCUCACAAGAGGGACUUCAGACUGAAUAUAUAGUAAAGCAGACAUCUUGUACUUGUAUAGAUCUGUGUCAAAUGUAAUCCAGUGCUGUAUCAAAAAUCUCAAUGGGGUUUAUAUAAAGGCUUUUGUUCCCCUACAGUGGCUCUGGGGCAGCUUUUUAAAUCUCUGAAUCAUUAUAAUGGAAGAAAUAUCUUCUGAAGUCUGACAGACUUGUUCUUUUUAAAGCCUGUGUAAGAAGUCAUCCUACUGAAGUAUGUACACGUUAUCUUCCCACCUAAUCUAAAUGAUAGGUAAUAGCUGUCACAGUCGAAACUGCUUUUUGGAGUAUAUCAGGCUGAAUUGUUACUUGGCAACAAAUUUACAAUAAGUGACUAACAUUUUAAAUCUUUAGUUUGUAGCAAUGUUUCUUGAAAGAACAAAUAUUUCAUGAACUACUUUUCUUUUCUCCCUUGUUCUGGGAACAAUUUGCUUGCUCUAGUUCUGCUGUAAUAAACCAGCUUAGUGAUCAGCCUUUAAAACGUAUAGUGGGAAAUGAACCAAAUCCAAGUGGCUUACAACCAGAACGUUCCAGUUUUUCUGUAAUAGAGGAGUAGCUAUCUGGGUUGGAAAGGGAUUUGUUGUUCCUAUGAACAGAUUGUUCAUGUUUUGUUUUGCAAAUGCAUUUAAUCUGCUCUUCCCAGUGUUCUCCUAAAAGUUUAAAACCACAAGUGGAUUGUUCCAGGAGUAGAGAAAGCUGUUAUAAAUCAUUCAUAGACUGAAGUGGAUACUAAUAUGUAACCUAAGCUGUGAUAUUCAGUGCUAGCACUUUGCGGGAAAGGGAGGGUUCUGCACAAGUCACUUGAGGAUUCCAUACGAAACACUUUUUCCAGUAAUUGAGUAUUUGCAGCCUUUAGAAAAUUCUGGGCUAAACCUAACAUGCAAAAAUGUCACAAGAUGGGUAAUUUUGGUCACACAUUAACCAAAUAUUAGGUAUGUAACAUACUCUAACUAGCAUUUUUUAAGCCACUUCAGGGACAUCUUGCUGCAAACAAAUCCUGG